UUCCGCAGCUGGUGCCCUCAGUCCUUCACUUCCAAUUCCGUCAACUGAACCAACAUCGUAUUUUGCCCAAACCCCAAACCCUAUAUCCCGGAUUCCCAAAACUCCGAAAUGCCUCCGGCCACCGUCGUCGCCGGCGUUCUCCUCUUUCUCCUCCUUCAACUCUUCAUCAUCGCCACCAUCUCCGCCCCAAUCCUGGGAUUAGACUCCUUCCUCAACCAACAAUCUCGGGUUGACCCGACAGCCACAAACGAUUCAUUCCUCUCUCUUCCUUCUUCUCUGAAGAAGCAUCUCUCUCAACCCUCCAUACAUCACCCACCCAUCCCUUCUUCUCUCCUCACCCUACAAGUUUCCGUCCCCAUCACUGUCAAGCUUGUUGGUAGCAACUUCUCUUCUUCUGCCAAAUCUCAGCUUUCUUCAUUUCUCACAUCGGCAAUUUCUUCCGAUCAGUUCCACGUCAUCACCCCUUUCUCUUUUCAACCAUCUCAUCACCUCUCUAUAUCCCAUUCACUUCAUCUUGAUGUGACUCUUUCUCCUUCCUCUCUGUCUUCACGUCUCUCUGAAAUCCUCAAGACCCAUCUCGCCUCUGUACCUUCCUCUUUCAGAUCCGUGCUUGCUUCUGUCCCUCACUCGAUAGUUGAUGAAAUUAUCAAACAAGAUUUUGAAAAAGAGAAACCCAUUAGUGGGAUUUACAUAUAUAUUCUCAAUUUGGGCUCCCAAUCGAAACCCUAUGCUUAUAGCUAUACACCUGGUGAUCCAUCCCCUGCUUUCACCAAGUGUUUGGGCACUGUGUGGACCGGAAAAGAACGAUAUUUGUGGAUUGAUUUGGGGGCCGGUCCGGUUGAUUAUGGCCCGGCGUUGUCCGGCGAUGGUGUACUUCCUCGUGGCGAGUUUCAUCCAUUUGCUACAUUGCACGGCCGACCCAAGUCCCAAAAGGCACUGCUUUCGGAUUUGGCCUCACUGGUUUGGAGUGCUUAUCAGGUUCUUCUCGUGCCCUCUUUGCGAAUCCCUAUCCCGUUUGAGAAUUCUUUGAUUGUUGAGUUUAUACACAUAUAUGCUUCUUCGGAUAACAAGGAUAGCGUUGGGUUAGAUUGGAAGUUGAUAGAGAGGAAUUUUAUGGAUGAAGUAAAUGAGAAUGGGUUGCUGUUUGGAGAUCAAUCUUUGAGAUUUAAGAAGUAUGAAGUGAAUUUAGCAGAGUGUCCUAUUUGUUCGUUUGCCAUUUCAAGGGCAGCUACCUCAUAUACUUCUAGGUACCUGUUUGAUAACUAUACACUGAUUGUCAGUGAAUACCUGGACUCUAAGCGUUUACACCAGACAUUGUCUGAAUCGGCUGCUGAGUUUAGGCGGAUUGCUAAGGUUCCUGAGGAGGACUUUGGUGGAAGGAUACUUCCGGUUUAUGUUUUUGAUUUGGAUGUCAGUUCGAUUCUGAUGCUUGAUCGUUAUCAUCAGUCUGUGGCUUUUAAGGAUAUGGUUAUAGCAGUCAGGACAAAGAGUACACAGACUGUGAGUGAUUAUAGCUGUAAUGGGCGUCAUGUGUUUACCCAGACUCGUGAAUUAGAGAGGCCCAUUGUAGGUUCCAUCUUACAGAGCAUGUGGGGAGUCUCACCAACACAUUUAGUCUGGAGCCCAAGACACAACAGUACUCUAGUAGACUAUACAUGGAGUGUCGGGCAAACACCAUUUGGGCCGUUUUCAGAGGUUUCUUCGUUGUCAUUUGUGCAGAAGGAUGCUGCUAGGAGAAAUGUAUUGUUGACAUCGCUGAACUUCAGUAUUUCUAGUGCUCUUGAAGUUCUUGAAUCCAUUUCUGCACAUGGCGGGGAGAGAAAGCUUCUUAAGCAUAAUCAGCUUACUGAGUUCAUGCAAAGGUGGAACUUGUUCAAGUACAAGCUAGACAAAGCAGUUUCAGCACUCUCACACUUUGACUUUGAAAUGGCUUUGUAUUACCUGCGGGCAUCAGAUCAUGACAUAUAUGCCAUUCAUUCUCUUGUUUAUCAUGCUUCUCAAGAGCUGGAAGCAUCGCUAGUCUGUUUCAAGGACCCACCAUUUCCCUGGGCAUCAGUUUCUAUGUCUGCUGGAGUUUUUAUAUUCCUUCUGUAUGUUUGGGCAAAGAGAGACAAGUUCUUUUCCAACAAGCGAAAACAAUUUUGAUAUUUUCUAAAGCGUCGUUUUGUAAGAUCUGAGUUGAUACAACACCUGUAUCUACGAGUAGCAUGCUGGCUGCAAGCUCUGAAAUUAGAAUUCAUUUGUUAAGAAAAGGUACUGCAGUUUCAACUUUCAACUAGCACAGAAC